AUGUUUCUUGAUUAAAUCAGUCUAUUUAAAAGAAACUCUAAAUUUUAACCUCAAUUAGCUUCUAUUGAUAUUACUAAGCCGCUUAUUGAUACAACCAAAUUGAUUAAUUACUCUGAUCCUAUCUCAACCCAAGAAAUAUAUUAAUUGAUGUUGAACACUAAGUUGCCAAACAAUUGUUCACUUCCAUUCCUUCUCUAAUUUAUGUUGGUGAACACAAUUACCGAGCUCCUGAAUUAUUAUUAGGAUCUAAAUUAUAUAGUUAAUAAGUUGAUAUUGGAGUUUGGGGUGUAUCAUAGCAGAAUACUUUUAGGCAAAUAACUGUUCAAUGAAUCUAAUACUGUUGAAACCAUGGCAGAUAUUAUAAGAUUACUUGGAACACCUACUCUUGAAGAGAUAAAAAAUCUAAAGUCUUAAAUAUUAAAUCUAAAAAUGCCUGAAACUCCUAAGUUUUCAAUGUCUAAACGGUUUUAAGAAAUUUAAAAUGAUUAAUUGGUAGAUUUAUUAGAAAAAAUCUUUGUUUAUGAUCCUAAUUAAAGUAUAUCUGCAUUUGAAAUUCUACUGCAUCCUUUCUUUCAAGAAAUAAAAUAACCAAACAUCAAAAUUAAUUCAAAGUCUUUACCGAAUUUAUUUAAUUUUACAAAAGGUAUUGUUUCUAUUUAAAGCCUAUUUGGUAAAUAAUAUAAAACUAUUAUUAUUAUUAUUAUCAAUCUGUCUUUAAAUUAUAGAGGAGCUAUCAUCGAAUGA